UCUUAGACAAAGGUCAGAUCAUUCCGAAAGCUGAUGGUUUCUUGGAUCAAGAGCAGUGGGUUCCUCAGGAGUGUGCUGCUGUCCAGCAGUCACGCGUAUCACAGAGACGACCAACAGCUUCAUGGCACUCCUCUGCGGUACCUGCUGACCCCGUCUCUGCAGAAGGAGGAGGCUCAGAGGGUGGAGGAGCUGGGCUGGAGGGAGAUGGAGAGGAUCAGUGCGUUUCCCGGGAUCUCUGACUCAGAGCAGCGGCUCUACAUUCCCGGAGGAGGAGUGACCAAAGCCCUCUACACAGACUGCUGCACAGAGGACAUCUCUAUGGCAGUAGUGCUGAUCUUCUGCUCAGAAGGAGACAACAUCCCUGACGCGUUUGCUCUCGUUAACCAUCUCAAUGACUGGCUCCAUCUGCUGGAAAAACCUACGCAGGGUUCAGUGCAGUGGCGGGUUCCUCCCUCUUGGAGGCUGCUGUUCGGCAGCGGUAUCCCUCCUCUUCUCUUCUGAAGCAUCACGCUUGCAUGUGGAUAUGCCUGAUGCAACUCUUGCAGGUGUGACUGUUUUAAACAUGAACCCCAGAAAUCACUGAUGGUUGAGCGGUCAAACUGCACAAAGCGCUGAAUACACAUUUUGCUUUUAAGUAAGUGAAAUAGUACAGAAAUAAGCUGUAGCAUUAUUUUUU